ACCUCGGAGCCCAAACUGCAGUUCUUCUCGCUCUUUGUGGUCUAGAAAACAGUCAAUACCUCCUACGAUCGGCAGCAAACAUCCAUCUGAAAGAAAUCCGAGAUCAACCCCGAGCUACUGCAACAGCCUCGCCUGCUACUCAUGGAGCGAUCCAUGUCCAUCCGGUCGGUCCCCGCGCCGUGCCAUUUCUUUGCGAGCGGACGUUGUAUGAAAGGGACGGCAUGUCCAUUCUCGCAUGCGAUCGACCAAGAGAGCCCUUCGGCGCGGCCGUCACGCAAAACCACCGCCGCACCGCCUGCCAACUUGAAGAACCCUGCCACUAUAUGCCGCUUCUUCCAAGCCGGAAAGUGCCACAAGGGCGCCGGGUGUGCCUUUUUGCACGAGGAAACGGCCAAGCCUGUCCUGCCAGCCGAGGCGACUCCCACCGAGACCGAGAAACCAGCACCGGAAACUCUGCCCGCCACCGUCGACUCUCGUAGCCUUGUUCCUUGUCGCUUCUUCGCCGCCGGGAGUUGCAAGAAUGGCAGCAGCUGUCCAUUCAUGCAUGCCCCUGCUACUAAGGAUAACCUACCCGAGGAGCCGACACCCGAUGAAACCCCACUGGAUGUGAAAGAUGGCUUGCUUGACGAUCCACACGACGACUGGACGCGAGCGUUCUCUGGAGCCGUCGUCAAGUUCGCGGAAGGCGCCUCCGUCAGCGACCUUUCUCUAGCUUCCGACUUCUCCGCUAUUCGUCUUGACAACCUCCCUUCAGAAAGCACGCCAGCAUCUGUCAUCCAGCUGCUGGGUGAUCUGGGCUUGACAGCGCCGGACGACUGUGUGAGGGUUCGGCAGGCCUCCAAUGGCGGGGCGGCAAGCGCCGACGUCAAGGUCAGGGACCCGUCCUUCGCCGCCGCGGUUCGCGACAGGCUUUCCGAACGCAUCUCGAAUAUCAGUGCCACCCGGAUCGACGUCCCCAUGGCGGCCGGCUCGGGCCUCCACCGUAUCGACUGCUGCAAGGUUCUUUGCUCCUGGCAUCGUCCUACGCGCACCGCGUGGCUCAAUUUCCGGACCCCAGGCGUGGCACAGAAGGUUUGCGACCAUUUCAGAUCCGAGGUCUUCAAGGUCAAGAACCAGGACGUUGGUGCUAGUCUCCUCGCUAGCAAUAAGGGCAAUUCCUCUUUCAUCGGCCAUGGUCGGACUUGGACUGUACGGCUGUCCGACCUAAACCCGACCGUCACCAAGGCGAACAUCCUGGCACAGAUACCCGAUCACUGGAUGCCGACCCAUGUCGAGCUGGGCCAGCCGACAUACACCGAGAACGCCGACGAGGUUACAUCUACGGUCAGGUUAAGGCUGCUCCAGUUCGGACCGCUUGAUAUGUGGAGCGUGGCAGAGACUGGGGGUGGGAAAAGGGUCAAGGCCCAGGCUCGGUUCGGGAAUGAGAAAGACGCCAGAACCGCGGAAUCUGCGCUAAACGGCAAGUCAAUAGCAUGGCUAAGAUGCGAUGCUAGGGCAAUGCGUACGUCGUCAGGGUCUGCCGCCAAGCUCACAGUCCAGCACGUUACCACGGUCAAGGUCAAAAUCCCGGCCCGCAUCUAUAGCACCCUGCGAGAGCCGCUCCAGGAAAAGAAGAAGCUCUGGUCCGAGAAGAAGGUCUACUUCGUGGCCUACCCGCCCAGCAACGGACACGUCACCCUCAAGCUCGAGGGCGCCGUAUCCGAGAAUGUGGCUGAGGCCUACCGAGGCCUUUCCGAGACGGUGGCAGGAACCCUACUGGACGUGGGUAAGGAUGCGUGGUGCACCGUCAUCCAGAACCAGGCGUCUUGGCGCGACAUCCUCGAUCGCAUCAACAAAAGCCAUAGUGUCACCGCUAUCAGGGACAGGCGUCGGCGCCAGAUCCGACUCUUUGGCAGGACCGAGGGCUGCCAGCUUGCCAAGGAGCUGAUCACAGCGCAGCUCGAAAAGCUGGCCUCCGAGGCUGUUGUCAUCGAGCUGGCGCCCGACGAGUUCCAGUGGGCCUGCCGCGGAGGGUUUAAGAAGCUCGUGGCGGAGCUCGGCGCCGACAAGGUCACUCUGGACAUCGUCUCCAACCCGAGACGCAUCCUCUAUUCCGGCGGCUCGGGGGGCGACCGCGCCAAGAUACACGCCAUGCUAGCGAACAAGAACGGACCGGCCCUGACUGCCGAUCCGCCGUCCGAGGACCACCCCGCCGGCGGCAGGGACUGCUCCGUCUGCUGGACCGAGGCCGAGGAGCCCGUCGUGGUGACGUCCUGCGGGCACGCCUACUGCGCCGGCUGCUUCGCGGACCUCUGCGGCGCGGAGCCGGCCGCGGGCGCGCGGCACCUUGUCGCCUGCGUCGGGGAUGCGGCCGCGUGCGGGAAGCCGUUGCCCUUGGCGGAGCUCAAAGAGCACCUGCCGUCGGCCGAGUUCGAGGACGUGCUCAAGGCGGCCUUCACGUCACACGUGCGGCGUCGCCCCGCCGACUUUGGCUACUGCCCCACGCCCGACUGCGGGCACAUCUACCGCGUCUUCGCCGACGCCGCCGGGGAGGAUGGCAGCGACGCCGCCGUCGUCUUCACCUGCCCGGAGUGCCUCGGGGCCACCUGCACGCGCUGCCAGGCGACCGCGCACCCGGGCAUCACGUGCGCCGAUCGCAAGGAGGAGGCCUCGGGCGGCUACGAGGCGCUGGCGCGGGCCAAGGCGGAGCUGGGCGUCAAGGACUGCCCCGAGUGCAAGACGGCCAUGGAGAAGACGGAGGGGUGCAACCACAUGAUGUGCGGCGGGUGCCGCACGCACAUCUGUUGGGUCUGCAUGGCCACUUUCGAUUCGGAUGGCGAGUGCUACGACCACCUUAGCGCGAAGCACGGCGGGGCCUUUGAUGUCCCGGCAGAGGCCGCGUGGUGAAGACGGAGAAGGAGAUGGCCAGCGUCACCGGGUGUUUGCUGGUUCCGUACAAAAGUUGGCUCGAUUCCCGGACGUCGAUUGCUUCUAUCUUCGCGCCUGUUUCGUGGUGAUGACCCAUUGGGACCCCUUGCGCGCUACGCCCAGAGACAUGGGAAGGGUGGUUCCGAACGCAUAAAUGAUGGCUUUAUUUUUGGGAGGAAGCUGGAGGCAUUAGCUAGAAUCGGGAUCAGCAUAUGGUUCACGGGAACUAUGGAGAUCGCGGCAAUACUCGACCCUAAUGAGGGUGGGGAGAAUGGCGAUCAUGCCGGAGAGAAUACCAGGAGUCGUCCUAGGAUAUAGACAUCUCAAAGUUUCAGGGCUCCCAGCAACGAGACUUCGUCCUCCUAACCACCUAGUCGCGUCCGGUGACAUACUAUCGAAGGGAAAUCUACUAUGCAACGCAUAGCAGAAAUAAGUAUCUGGAUAACCGCAAGACAAACACUGAGUUGACC